AUGCCCGUGCUGCCGCCGCUCGCCGCGCCGCUGCUCCGGCCACAUCCGCGUCUUCCUCGGCCACCGCCCACCGCCUUCCCCCCCUGGAACUGCCAAACGAAGAGUAGGCACUUGCAACCGGGGCUCUUCGCCACCGGCGCCGACGUCCCCGGCCGCGGAGGCCCACUCCCGGAACCAGAGCAGCGCGCCCCGCUCCUCCUCGCCGCUCUCCGCGCCACUCGCCUCAGGGACGAAGAAUCACGCCGCCCAGAUCCCCUUUUUAUUGAUCCAUAUGCUGCUGUGCUACUUUCACUUGAUGUGGCACAUCAAGCUUCGGAAUCUCUCGUCUCUCAUUUAAUGCCAUCUGCAGAGCAUUAUAGGCUAACUACUAGAUAUCUUGAUGACAAAUUGCAACAUUUGAUAAGCAGGUCAGACAAUUUUAGACAGAUUGUUUUGUUGACAGAUGGAAUGGAUACUCGCCCAUAUAGGCUUAGCUGGCCAAGGAUGUCUAUCGUGUACGAUGUAUCACCUGGAAGAAUCUUCAGUACAGCAGCCCAGCAACUCCGAGGAGCAGGAGCAAAAAUACCGCGGAACUGUGUUCUCUUUCAUACUCCUUUAGAGUCUCCUGAUUUACAAGAGGGCCUGUGCAAAAAUGGCUUCAAUGGAAAUAGGCCAAGCUUGUGGGUACUGCAGGGUUUACCUUUGCCCUCUUCUUCAAGCUUCAAAAGCCUUUUGCUCGUUAUAAGCAAUUUAGCAAUGAAGGGGGGUAUCUUCAUAGGAGAGGUGCCACAUUUUCCAGACUGGAUGGCAGCAGCAGACAUGGUCUCCGAACAAGACAGGCUAGAAAACCUUUUCUUUACCCAGGGUUUCCGGGUUAGCUUUGUUCUCUAUGAAAAUGUUGCAGAGGAUUUCGGCUUAGAUCUAGCUCCUCAAAGGGAACAUUGUGGUAGAGUUCUUUUUGUUGCAGAACAGCUGCGGUUUUCAGAUGCACAGAUGGAGAGCUUCUGGACGCAUUUUGAAAGAACAGAGGAGGACGCUGAUGAAGAAGGAUUUGAGGAACUUUAG